UAUAUUCGCAGAGCUGAACUUUGUGACUGCAGCCUGCAGUUGUUCUGUUGUUGGUUUCAGGAGAAAAACUGGUGACUGCAGCAUCUUAGUGCAAGAUGUCUUCGUCCCAAACAGUUGGUCUGCCAUCCUCGAAAAUGUUAAUCGUUUGGAUGACGCUUCUUGGAUUCUUUACUGUGAAAGGUUCUGAGCUCGAAGCCGCUGGUAGAAGCGCUUCUCCGCUCAUCUUCUAUGCUAACCGAGACAGCAUCAGGUACAUAAGCACCAGGAACGUUUCAGUGCAAGGAGUUCUGCUAUCGGGUUUGCAGGAGGUCAGAUCUUUGGCCUUACAUGUAAGGCAUGGUUGGAUUUUCUGGAGUGAAUAUGGCAGCACCACAACAAUUAACAGAAUGCAUCUCUCUACCAGUGCCACCAAAGAAAUCAUAUUAAAUGGUUUAGGCGAGGUGCAUGACAUUGCAGUAGAGUGGGAGUCUUCACUUAUCUACUGGACAGAUUAUUUGCACGAAACAAUUGAAGUUGCUCGCAUUGAUGGGUCUCACAGAAAGACUCUCUUUUGGGAAAAUGUGGCAAAUCCACGGGCAAUUGUAGUGGAUUCUCGGAAUGGUUACAUGUACUGGUCUGAAACUGGAUGGGACUUUCCCAGGAUUGAACGAGCUACCCUUGCUGGAACGGAGAGAAGGAUCAUUAUGGAUGAGCAUCCAGCACUUAUACCAAAACUUCUGAUAAAUGGUUUGGUCAUAGACUUUUCUUCUGAUCUUUUGUAUUGGGUUGAUGCACAAACUGAUAUCAUAGAGCGAAUGAAGUUGGAUGAAGAACGUAAAGCGGAAACUGUACACACGACCACAAGUCAUAAUUUGUACUCCUUUGGUCUGACGUGGUACGAGGAUAUUCUGUACGCAAGCGAGUUAAGAAGCCGAAGUAUCGAGAGAGUUAAUGUCACUGCAGGAGAGCACUUAAGAAACAUGGGGUGGUUGACCGAAAAGAUGACCUAUCGUAUCGCUCUAAAUAGUUCUUCAAGGGAACCGUCAGGCAUGACUGACUGCAAGAACAAUUCAGCAUGCAGUCACCUUUGCUUGUUGACCCCAACUGGCUCCCAAUGCGCGUGCCCCAAUGGUUUCAAACUGCUACCCGAUAAUGUUACUUGUAAUGCUACUGGAGAGUCCCCAAAACCCCCUGUAGCAGCGAUUGAGGUUAGGCUAAUGUUUGGAAGCAUACCAUCAAUUCUCGAGGGAAGAAUUGAAGUCAGGAUGAAAGGGGACAGCAAAAAUGAAUGGGGAACAGUUUGCAAUGAUCAUUUUGACAUGCGAGAUGCUCAAGUUGUGUGCCGCAUGCUCAACCAUAGUGGAGCUGAGUCCGUUGCGUCAUAUGGUUCUGGAUCAGAUGAUUCCCCAAUUUGGCUAGACAAUUUGAAAUGUCGAGGAAACGAGGACUCAUUGAUGGAGUGUAAGCACCGUGGAUGGGGCCAGACAAAUUGUGGCCACUUCGAAGAUGUUGGUGUAAAGUGUAAAAAUGACAGCGCCCCAACUCCACCGGUGGUAGCCCCAAAUAUGACUAAAGGACUACCAGGAAAUGUAACAAUACGGUUACGAGGAGGCCCUACUGAACACGAAGGCCGCAUAGAAAUUACACAUGAUGGACAAGUGGGUACAAUAUGCGACAACGAUUUUGAUAUCAAAGACGCACAUGUAAUCUGCAGGAUGCUAGGAUUUGAAGGAGCUUGGUCGACUAUGUGCUGUGGACGGUACGGGACUGGAACCGGUGCGAUAUGGUUGGAUAGCUUGCAGUGCACUGGAAAUGAAACUUCCUUGUCAGAAUGUCCACACUUAGGCUGGGGGAAUUACUAUAGCGUCUGUACUCAUGCCAACGAUGCUGGAGUUUACUGUAUACCUAAUCCUGUCAUACCUCCGGACAAUAUAAUUCGCUUGGUUGAGGGCACAAGUGAGAAUGAGGGUAGAGUUGAAAUAUUUUACAAGGACCGAUGGGGCACGAUAUGCGACGAUGGCUGGGAUCUUAACGACGCCAAUGUGAUCUGUCGCAUGUUAAACUACAGUGGCGCCUUGGCUGCGCCUAUCUUCUCUGCUUACGAUGUUGGCUCCGGGCAGAUUUGGCUGGACGACGUAAAUUGUGUGGGAAAUGAAUCCAGCAUUGAAGAGUGUCUGCAUGGCGGAUGGGGAAAUCAUGAUUGCUCACACAACCAAGACGCCGGUGUUAUUUGCCAAACAAAUGAGAGUGCUCUACCAUCUUACGAAAGCAAGAAAAGCCUGCUGUUCUCUGAACACUGGCGUGGAAUUAUAUUUCAAGUUAACUUAGAAGGAAACGACCACCGAGCCGCCCCUUUACCGAUUGAUCAUCUCCGCGGCUUGUCUGCUGUCGGCUUCGACCCCGUGGAAGAGCUCGUGUACUUUGCAGAAUAUGCUCCAGGGAUAAUCCAGCGUUCACAUCUAAAUGGAAGCGAUGCUGAGACUAUUGUCAAUGGCAUUUACUACGCAAACCGUUUAGCAAUCGAUCAUCUUACCCGCAACAUCUACUUCUCAGACAGCUCGAAAUACAGAAUUGAUGUAGCGACCUUAGAUGGGAAGCACCGAACGGGUUUGAUUUCUACAGUUUGGCCAGAGGGUAUAGCCUUAGACCUUAAAAAUGGACACAUUUAUUGGGCAAGCCAAGGAUACCCACCGACCAUUGAAAGAGCAGACUUGGAUGGAAAUAAUCAAAAAGUUAUUUUCAACUUGACAGAAGAUUCCUAUCCCAGUGGGCUGACGGUAGAUUACAAUCUGAAUCGUUUGUAUUGGACCGAUAGAGGUGUCCAGGAAGUUUACUUCAUUGAUCUACAAACAGGUGGAAACCAAGCAUUCAUAACAAGAGAGAUAAUGGACCCAGUUGACUUGGCUAUACAUGGCGAUACCGUGUAUGUGACGGAUUUAGGAAGCGGUGGCGCAUGGGAUGGUGGCAUUUACAGCUCUCAAUUAGCAGGUCCUGGAAAUUUUUCGCACGAGAACGGUAAUGUCUCUAAACUCAUUGGCUUGAUGAAGUUUACUUGGGGUAUAGACUCUUACGACAAAGACAACAUUUUCCAAACAGACCCUCGUGGAUGCCAACGGAGUGACCAGCAAUGUAGUCACCUUUGCCUCGAUGCGCCAUCCGGGAAAACGGAAUUUGAACAAGAAAAAUUUAAGCUGAACGAGGGGCGUUUGCCCUGGGGCAAAUAUCUUCGGCUGAUUCUGCAUACCGAGUGUUACUUCAGCGAGAUCUACAAGUCUCCAUUGGGUGGAGAUGACUUGUUUUCAGUGGCAAAUACUCUACCUCUUGAACAGGUGGCCUGUCCAUCGGCUAUCGCAUCUCACUCGGCAGAGGAGAAGAUUUAUUGGUCGGACCUGACAAUGAAACAUAUCGCUCGUUCAAACCUGGAUGGUACAAAUGAGGAAAUAAUCUUACAAAAUGUGAGUUACUCUAUGGCAAUUGCUGUGGACAGCUACGCAGGAAACAUCUAUUUCACUGACAGGGACAAGAAAACAGUUGAAGUCGCAAAGCUCGAUGGAAAGUACAGAAAAGUGCUUAUUCAGAGCCAAAUGCAUAAUCUGGUUGGCUUGGCGAUUGACAUUCAACGAGGAUAUAUGUACUACUCUGCUUGGGGAAAUCCGACGAUGAUUAACAGGGCACAACUGGACGGAAGCGAUAUUACCACAUUGGUGGAGUUCACUCAAUUUCCCUAUCAGCGACCCACCGCGCUCGCCAUAGAUGUGGACGAAAAUGUUUUGUAUUGGGUAGGAGAUCAGGAUCCUAGUUUGCAAUACAUUGACCUUCGUUAUCCAAAUAGUGAAAUCGUGUAUCACAUCGACUACAGCAAUUACUUACAUUAUCCCUUGGGGCUUGCUCUUGACGCUCACUACUUUUACUGGACGGACUGGUUGCUAGGAAACGUUAUAAGAGCCAGCAGAGGUCUGGACUCGGUUGUUGUCGAGCUGAUUCCCUACCAGUACACACCGAGAGGCGUCAACAUAUUUAACCCUGAGGAUGUACAAGAUUAUCAUCCAUGUGUUGAAGAAUGCAGUCAUCUUUGUCUUUUGAAACCUGGUGGCUAUAAAUGCGCAUGUUCCGCCGACACCGCCACUCCCUGCUUUGAGAGCAUUAACAUCACGAAUGUUUUCGGCUGCACUAACGACCCAAGUCUUUAUUUUAUUGACGACCACCACAUCAAAUGUAUUGAUUUGGAUUCCACUAACAAUACGUACGUAAGCGUUAAGACAGUGAGAGAUGACCUCAUAAAAGGAGGCGCAAUUGAUCUAGACCAUCGGGAGAGAAUGGUAUUUUGGAGUGAUAACGCCUUAUGGACUUUAAAUCGAAUGAGCCUUGUUACUGGUGAAAGUGAGGUCAUUAUUAGAGACGAUCUGGGACAAGUCGAUGGCAUCGCUGUUGAAUGGGAGAGCGGUCUGCUUUACUGGACUGAUUUCAUCUUUGAGAGGAUUGAAGUGGCAACGCUGGACGGAAAAUUCAGAAAAACUUUAAUUUCAACCUCUUUAUACAGCCCUCGUGGAAUUGCUGUUGAUCCAAAGAGUGGGUACUUGUUUUGGACAGACUAUGGAUUCGAUCAUCCAAGAAUUGAACGAGCAGAUCUAACCGGUGAAAAUCGAACAAUCGUGGUUGAAUUUGGAUAUGACUGGUACUUUCAGAUUUUCCCUAUGAGUGUUAUUAUUGAAUAUGAGACCGAGACUAUCUAUUGGAUAGAUCGUUACGACAAUUACAUCGAUCAAGCAGACUUAGACGGGAACAACAAAGCCAAUUUGGAGUUCAUUGUGCAGAACAUAAAUCCCGCAGAUUUAGCUUUGUAUGGCGACUACCUCUACUGGGCGGACAGAAAUAGUCGCAGCAUUGAGUAUUUUAAUAAGACGGAGGGUAAAGGCCAGCAUUAUAACUUUGGACAUCUUACUGAUGACACGCCAGCAGGUGUUGUGGUAUCAGACGAGUCAAGACAACCAGUUGCGUCUCCAAUGAACAGGCCACCGUGUCGUAUUAACAAUGGAGGGUGUAGCCAUCUCUGUUUAUUGGCUCCUAAUGGAGGAAGCAAAUGCGCCUGUCCAAAUGGUGUAGAAUUAGAAGCCGGGGGAAAGACUUGUAGUAACGCUACUCAGCCAAAACCACCACCGCCACCUGUACCAGAUCUCAAAGUACGCCUUAGUGGCACCAACUCAUCUCACGAAGGUCGCGUUGAAGUGUAUCAUCAAGGAAGAUGGGGGACAGUCUGCGAUGAUCAUUGGGGCAUGAGUGAGGCUACAGUGGUCUGUAAGAUGUUGAACUUCACGGGAGCCAUCCGUGUGGAAUCCUUCGGACCAGGGAACUAUUCGUUUCCCAUUUUAAUGGAUAAUGUCAAGUGCCGUGGCGAUGAAAAAAGUAUCGCUGCCUGUCAGCACAAUGGCUGGGAGAUGAGUGAUUGCGGCCAUGGCGAAGACGUAGGAGUUGUAUGCAGGAAUAAUUCUAUUCCUACCACUGAAGGUCCAACCUUAGACCCAGGCCCUCACCCUGAACUACGGGUUCGAUUGCGCUCUGGAUCUACGUCAAAUCAAGGAAGAGUAGAAAUUUAUCUAAACGACACAUGGGGAACCGUAUGUGACAACAACUGGGGAAUCGAAGAAGCAAACGUCAUUUGCCGCAUGGUGGGGUUCAGCGAAGGUGCUUGGAGUACACACUGCUGCGGCUGGUACGAUGGAUACAGUACACCAAACCAGAUUUGGUUGGACAAUGUGGACUGCGUCGGUGAUGAAACAAGCAUUGCAGAGUGCCGCCAUAGCGGAUGGGGAAGUCACAACUGCUUCCAUUCUGACGACGUUGGUGUAGUCUGCAAAUACACUCCACCCCCAAGGCCAGAUCAAAUUUUGAGACUAGCUGACGGAGUACGUGACGGCGAAGGAAGAGUAGAGAUAUUUCAUGACGGCCAUUGGGGUACCAUUUGCGACGAUCUAUGGGAUACAAAGGACGCGCAGGUGGUUUGCGGCCAACUUGGAUAUAGUGAAGUUCUUGCUGCUCCUGCGUUUGCUACAUUUGGUGAAGGGAAUGGUCAUAUAUGGUUAAGUGACGUGAGUUGCCUGGGCAACGAAAGCUCAAUUGAAGACUGUCCUCAUCGCGGAUGGAGUGUAUACGGCUAUUGCUAUCACGAGGAAGACGCGUCGGUUAUCUGUUCAAAUGAAACCCAGAAUCUAGACGGAGACGAUUUCCUGUUAUUUUGCGAGAGCCGUCGAAAACUGUGUUACUUCAUGCCGCUGCCACAGGAAGCCCCAGCACAAACAAUGGCCUUAAAGCUUGGAUUAUACUAUAUGCCCGUCGCAAUUUCCUACGAUCCAAUGCAUAAACAAAUGUACUGGACGGAUGAAUAUGGAAGAAUCUUCCGCGCAUUCAUUAAUAAUGGCUCUAUAGAAUUGGUGGUGACGGGAAUUGGCAAUCCAAUGGGCAUUGAAUUAGAUCUUGUUGGAAGGAACAUCUACUUUGCCGACUAUUACGGCGACAAAAUCAGCAUUGCUUCUCUCGAUGGGGCACAUCAAAAUGUCCUCGUUUACGUACCUAACCCACAAGCGAUCGCUUUGGACAGCGAAUCAGGGGUCAUGUAUUAUUCAUCACUUGGUAGCAGCCCCAUGAUAUCUAAAGCAGAUAUGGAUGGUAAUAACCAACAAGUUAUCGCAAAUUUGUCAUCCGUUACUUACUACACUUUCCUUGACAUAGUUCUGGAUAAAGUUAGCAAACGCUUGUUCUUUUCUGACCAAACCAAUGACGUUAUCAAAUACAUCGACUUGACCAAUCAUGAGAUCCAUACGCUGAUUUCCGGAAAUCUUCACUCGCCAACUGGACUGGCGCUGUUUAAAGACACCUUGUACUGGACUGCCACAGGUGAAGGACAAUUCACGGGAGUCGUGUUCAAAGCCAACUUAUCUGACGGCGCAGUGGCAAAGGCGCAGGUCGACGGUCUUGGAGAACCAAGUGGAAUUUAUGCCCACAACUCCAAGACUUCUCAAGUUCCCGGGCCAUCGCCGUGUGAAAAUAAUGCUGGAUGUUCACAGCUCUGCGUUGUCAAUCCCACUGGUAGUAGAUGUAUGUGUAAGGCUGGACAGGUGCUGGCGGAAGAUGGAAUAUCUUGUAUUCUUGGUGAUGUCAUAUUUGUUGCCGAUACCAAUCACCAGAAAAUCUAUUAUGCUGGACUCACAGAGAAAAUUCUCAGCCCUCUGCCAAUUUCAAAUAUGGAUACUCCAACUGGUAUUGCUUUUGAUCCAAUCGAAAAGCGAAUCUAUUGGACUGAUCCCAAACUCGGCAUGGUCGCUCGAUCUACAUUUGAUGGAGAGACGUAUGAAGUAAUUCGCGAGAACGUUAGUUCACCAAUGGGCAUCGAAGUGGACCUUGUGGGAGGCAACGUAUUUUGGAUUAACAGCGACAAAAGGACCAUAGAGGUCUCAAAGCUGAACGGCGAUCACUGGAAAGUGUUAGUUUAUAAUUUGCAUCCAUCUCCGGUGGAUAUCGCUUUGGAUACAACAAGAGGGUAUAUGUACUGGUCAGCUGAAGGAUACAUUGAAAGAGCAGAACUGGACGGAUUGAACAGACGCAUAAUUGCCUCUUUGGGUGAAACUUACUACGGUUCCACAAUCGAUGCUAGAGGCCUCACUUUAGACCAUGAAAUGAAUCGCCUCUACUUUGUGAGCUACUUUGAAUAUGCUUUACUGUAUAUAGAUCUCGACUCAGGUAGCCACAGCGUACAAGUGAUGCUGCGAAACUUUUUUCUUUUCUUCGACCCUUUUGGAGUUGCCGUAGAUGACAAGUAUGUUUACUGGAAUGAAUAUUCAUUUUUUGGAUGGGUGUUUCGAAUUAACAAGAACGAUACAAGCGAUUAUGACCUUUUUCUUCACGGUUUGUACGACCCUAGAGGACUUGCAGUGAAAAAAGGCAAUUAUACACGGAAGAGCGAUAACCCAUGUAAUGGUAGUUGCAGUCAUCUUUGUCUGGUAAAGCCCGGAGGUUACAAGUGCGCAUGUUCUGAUGAGGAUAGUAACACACCCUGCAGUGAGAGCGAACAAGUUAAAAAUCGUUACGGUUGUGAAAGUGAUAACAGUCUUUAUUUUAUCGACCGGCACAACAUUAAAUGCAUUGACCUGAAAUCCGUUAACUCAACGUACGUCAGUGUUAAGACAGUAAGGUCUGACCUUAUCCAGGGCGGCGCAAUCGACAUACACUAUCGAGGAAGGAUGAUUUAUUGGAGUGACAACUCUCUUUGGACGUUAAAUCGAAUGAGUCUAACUUCUGGUGAAAAGGAGGUCAUCAUAAGAGACAAUUUGGGACAGAUAGAUGGAUUGGCUGUUGAAUGGGAAAGUGGUCUCCUUUACUGGACUGAUUUCAUCUACGAGAGGAUUGAAGUGGCGAAGCUUGACGGAAGCUCUAGAAGGACAUUGCUAUCGGAUGGGAUUUUCAGUCCUCGAGGAAUAGCUGUCGAUCCAAAGAAUGGGUUCUUAUUCUGGACAGAUACAGGACUUGCUGAUAAUCCAAGAAUUGAACGGUUGGAUCUAACGGGUGAAAAUCCAACAGUCAUAGUUGACUUUUCCUGGUAUCAGAGUUAUCCUAUGAGUGUGAUAGUUGACUACGAAACUGAGACCAUCCACUGGAUAGACAGAUACUUUCACGAAUUUCAGCAAGCCGACAUGGACGGGAAUAACGUAGUCUACAAUGCAUACAUCGGACAGAACAUAAGCCCAACAGAUCUUGCUUUGCUUGGCGACUCUAUUUAUUGGGCGGACAGGAAUAGUCACAGCGUUGAGUUUUUGAACAAGACUCAGAAACUAGGCAUGCAUUAUAACCUCGGACACCUCACUGAUGAGUACCCCACGGGUGUUGUGGUGUCAGACAAAUCGAGACAACCUGUUGCACCCAAAUCUCCGUGUCGUAUUCAUAACGGUGGAUGCAGCCAUCUCUGCUUAGUGGCUCCCGGCGGGUUCACCAAGUGCGCAUGUCCAUCUGGUGUGAAAUUAGAAGACGACAAUAUGACUUGCAGUGACGACGUUAUACCAGAGCCACCUCCACUGCCUGUGCCAGUUGUGAAAGUACGUCUUAGGGGCUCCAACUCCCCUGACGAAGGUCGUGUUGAGGUGUAUCAUCAAGGAAGAUGGGGAACAGUCUGCGAUGAUCAUUGGGGCAUAAGUGAGGCUACAGUUGUCUGUAAAAUGUUGAACUUCUCGGGAGCCAACCGUGUGGAAUCCUUCGGACCAGGGAACUCUUCGUUUCCCAUUUUAAUGGAUAAUGUUAAGUGCCGCGGUGAUGAGCACACCAUUGCGGCUUGUCAGCACGAUGGCUGGGAGAUGCAUAAUUGCUUCCAUAGCGAAGACGCAGGAGUUGUCUGCAGAAAUGACUCUGUUCCUUCUCCUGAAGGCCCAACACUUUCUCCCGGACCACAUCCGGAAUUAAAGGUUCGCUUAAGAUCUGGAAUCACGUCAAAUCAAGGAAGAGUGGAACUCUUCCUUAACGGUACUUGGGGAACCAUAUGCGAUGACGAUUGGGGAAUCGAGGAAGCAAACGUCAUUUGCCGUAUGCUGGGGUAUACUGAAGGUGCUUGGAGUACACACUGCUGCGGUUGGUACGAUGGAUAUAGUACACCAGACAAGAUUUGGCUAGAUGAUGUGCAUUGUGUUGGCGACGAAGAAAGCAUUGCAGGAUGUCGCCAUGGUGGGUGGGGAAGUCAGAACUGCCUCCACUCUGAUGACGUUGGUGUAGUCUGCAAAUACACUCCAUUGCCAAGGCAAGGUCAAAUACUGAGACUAGCUGACGGAAUACGUGAGGGUGAGGGAAGAGUGGAGAUAUUUCAUGAUGGCCACUGGGGAACUAUUUGUGACGAUUCCUGGGAUAAAAAGGAUGCAGACGUUGUGUGUCGUGAACUUGGUUAUCGGGAGGCUUUGAGUGCUCCCACGGACGCUAUUUUUGGUGAAGGAAAUGGUCACAUCUGGUUGGCAGAUGUGGAAUGUUUAGGUACUGAAAGUUCAAUCGAGGAUUGUCAGCACAAAGGAUGGAAUGUAAUCGGCUACUGCUUUCACGAGGAAGAUGCAUCGGUCAUAUGCACGAAUGAUACUCGAAGUCCAGAUGCAGAUGAUUUCUUGCUAUUUUGCGAUGACAAUCGCAAACUCUGCCACUUUCAGCCUCUGCCUCCGCCCAAUUCUACUGCACAGCCGAUUCCUUUAAGGAUUACACUCAACUCUAAGCCAAUCGCAGUAGCCUACGAUUUCAAAGAGGAACAGAUGUAUUGGACAGAUUACUAUGGAGAAAUUAGAAGAGCUUCCAUACAUAAUGGCACGGAUGAAAUAGUUCUCAGAGACUAUUUCCUAACGGGUGUACAAAUAGACACUGUUGGAAGGAACAUCUACUUUGCUGACUUUUACGCCGAUAAUAUUAGAGUUGCCUCUCUUGACGGAACCUAUCAAGCGGUUCUAAUUGACGUAGAGUUUCCUCAAGGGAUCGUCUUAGACAUUGAAUCAAGGUACAUAUAUUAUGUAUCGCAUGGAUUAAUCAAUACGACAAUUCAUCGAGCCGAUAUGGAUGGACAAAACCAGAUGCUUAUCGCAACUAUGCCCUUCGUUCUAAGUUAUACAUACAUUAACUUAGCACUGGAUAAACCUAACAAGCGCUUGUACUUUUCUGACCAAACCCAUGACUUCAUACGUUACAUCAAUCUGGACAAUAAAGAGGUCCGCACAUUUAUUUCCGGAAAUCUCCAUCACCCUAGAGGACUGACACUAAUAAACAAUACGCUGUAUUGGACUUCUUCGGGUGACGGAAAGUUUACUGGUGCCGUAUUCAAAGCAAAUAUUACAGACAACCCAGUUGCUCAAGAGAUGAUUGCUGAUCUGGGGGAUCCGUCGGCGAUAUAUGCACACAACUCUAUGAUAACUCCUGAUGAAGCACUAUGUCAGAAUAACGGUGGAUGUGAACAGCUCUGCCUAGUGACUCCAAAUGACCAGAAGUGCAGGUGUAAGUCUGGAAUGGUACUAAAAGAAGAUGGAAAAACCUGUACUCUUGGUGACGUCAUAUUUGUUGCUGAUAUCUUUUCCCAGAAGAUUUCUUACUCUGAGCUGACUAGGGAUAUUCUGACUCCUUUACCAAUUUCUAAUGUACAAAAUCCCACUAGAGUAGCUUUUGAUCCAUUCGAAGACCGUAUCUAUUGGACUGAACCCUCCCUGGGCAUGAUCGCUCGAUCCAAAUUUAAUGGAGAGAUGUACGAAGUAAUACGUAAUAACGGUUCACCAACGGCAAUUGGUUUGGAUCUUGUGGGACGAAAUGUGUUUUGGAUAAACAGUGACGAAGGUACUAUCGAAGUCUCGAAUCUCAACGGUGAUAACUGGAAAGUGCUGAUUUCUGACCCGAAACCAUCACCGCAGGACAUUGUUUUGGAUACGACUCGAGGGUACAUGUACUGGUCGGCUCUAGGUUUUAUUGAAAGCGCGCAACUAGAUGGAUCAAACAGAGCAACAAUUGCACUGGGAAACACCUCCUUCGAUAGACCUUUUGAUGCCUUGUAUAUCACCCUUGACGUUCCAUUUAACCGCAUAUACUUUGUGAGCUACGACGAGUCCGCCAUCUUCUACAUCGAUCUCGAUUCCGGAAACAACUCUAUCCAUACGGUUCUUCAAAAUGUCUUCUUGUUCUUACAACCACAUGGAAUUGCUGUCGAUGACCAAUACUUAUAUUGGGGUGAAACGUUAUGGCAUGCAAUGGUUCUGCGAGUCAACAAGACCAACUAUGCUGAUGUUUCAGUUGAGGUUUCUGGGCUGCAUGGACAAAGGGGAAUUGCAGUCAAAAAAGGUCGUUAUGAACAAGAAACAAUUCAUCCAUGUAGUAAAAACAGCUGCACGCACCUCUGCUUCAAAAUUCCAUCUGGAUACAAAUGUGAUUGCCCGAAUAUCACAAACGAUGGACAGAAUUGCUCACCGUCAGUUGUGGUUUGGCCGCCGCCUACGACGACCACAGCACCCCCUACAACGCCUAUUGACUACUGUGCCAGCGUGCCUUGUAUGAACGGAGCCACGUGCAUAUCUGAACCUGCAGUCAAUAAAAAGUUCCAUUGCCGCUGUGUGGGGUACUUUGGGGGUCCAACUUGCUCGGUUGAUAUAGAAGAAGAAACGGUCCAGUUGGUACUAGCGGUGCCUUUAGCGGAGGUUAGUCAAGAAUUACACUUUAGCCUUUGUUCAUCUUCAUAAAAUACACCCCACUGGGUGUCUACGUAUUUGACAUGAAGUUCUCAAAAUUUUCAUUUCGAAAAUUGAUGAUAUACAUGAAAAAAAAACGCACUUCUGAUUGGCUGUAAAUUAGUGCAUUUUUUAUGUAACGCGAGUGCAAAUUACAAAUAGCGCGCGCGCUGUCCAAAAUUUCGUCUGUCUUGACUUUCUGUAAUGCCGUUUUUUUGUUAUGUAUUGGGUAAUGACAUGAUGCCUUGUUCCAUUUGGCUUAAAUUCAAAGACGACAAAUUGUACGAGCUCGUAGGGUUUUUGCUGUCUUUAAUAAAUUUAUCUGUGCUUAUCAACAAGGAGCAAGGAAAUUAGGAAGAAAAACCCUCAAUCUCUGUCUUGGUAAAUUCGAAAUAUCAUCCCAACUGUUUAUCGCAAUAUUUCUUCAAGUUCUUUUAACCAGCCAUGUUCGGGUAAAGAAGCUGUAUCGAGCUGAUCAGAACACGGAAAAUUUCAAUCUUAAUUUGCAGGUUGCUGCUUUAAAAUUAAACAAAAAGGUACCUUUAAGGUUUUCUCCCCUGUGCGUUACAAAGCAAUUAAUUCCCUUAAUUUAUUACGAUAGUCCCAUCACCAAGCUUAGCGUGAAACGAAACAGCAAACAAAGUUUUUGCAUCACUCUAAUCAAGGUCCACCCCGUAAUUGAAAAUUUUGGGGAGAUUUCCUUUGAGUUUCAUUAUGUCGUAAACGCACUCUCUCCCUGAGACUUCGUAAUCGCGAUGUCAACUUAUUUGUUUAUAUCUUUUUA